AAGUUAGGGGAGCCUUUUAUCAAUAACAGAGGCAAUCAGCUGACUGCCCGAUAAGCGGCGGGAAUAAAGAGGGUCCAAGAGAAGAUGGGAGCAUAAAGUCUGAGAGCGAAGCUGUUUGUAUGUUUUUAUCAGUUCAGAAUGAGCAUCAACAGCAGCGAGCAGGCUGAUGUUUACUCUAAACUCUCUGGGAGAGGCUCGUCUGUCAGUGAGAGGACUCCUCUGUUGGGAAAUGGAUCAGUACAGAUCCGGACUACAGGAGCCUCCUUCGCCUCCUCUGUGUUCAACCUGAUGAAUGCAAUCAUGGGCAGUGGGAUACUGGGUCUGGCUUAUGCAAUGGCCAGCACAGGAAUAGUUGGGUUUUGCAUCCUGUUAGUACUGGUAUCCAGCCUUGCAGCAUACUCCAUCCAUCUGCUUCUGAAGCUUUGUGAUCAAACAGGUAUCAAUUCGUACGAAGAACUUGGAGAAAAAGCUUUGAAAAAAACAGGAAAAAUUUUAGUGGGAUUGGCUAUUCUCAUCCAAAAUAUCGGUGCCAUGUCAUCCUACUUGUUCAUCCUGAAGUCGGAGCUUCCAGCAGCUAUCAGCAGCCUCGUGAAUGCAGAAAACUCAGGGAAUGCCUGGUAUGAAGAUGGCAGGUUGCUCCUCAUCAUCGUUACAGUUUGUAUUGUUGUGCCUUUAGCGAUGUUGCCCAAAAUCGGAUUUCUGGGUUACACCAGCAGCCUUGCCUUCCUCUUCAUGCUGUAUUUUACAGUUGUGGUUGUGGUGAAGAAAUGGUCCAUCCCUUGUCCCUUGCCUCACAACGUCACAACGCUCCCAGACCUCGAGAAGUCAUCAAACGUAUCCAACUCGGAGUGUACGCCACAACUCUUCGUCCUUUCCAUUAAGAGUGCAUAUGCCAUCCCCACCAUGGCCUUCUCCUUUCUGUGCCACACAGCCAUCCUGCCCAUCUACUGCGAACUGGAGAGACCAACCAAAGCCAGGAUGCAGAACGUUGCAAACAUCAGCAUCAGUCUCAGCUUCCUGCUUUACUUCAUUUCCUCUUUGUUUGGGUACCUCACCUUCUAUGCUCACGUAGAGUCAGAGCUGCUGCUCGGCUAUGGAGAGUACCUUCCCCGGGACAUCAUGGUGAUGACGGUUCGGCUGGCCAUCCUCCUCUCUGUGCUACUCACAGUGCCGCUCAUACACUUCCCUGCCCGUAAGGCUGUGAUUGUGCUGUUGUAUGGAGGACGCUACUUCUCCUGGCUGACCCACACAGUCUCAGCUCUGAUUAUCCUGAGCGUGGUGCUGAUGCUGGCCAUCUUUGUGCCUGACAUAAGGAAUGUGUUUGGAGUCGUUGGAUCAACGAUGUCCAGCUGCCUGCUGUUUGUUUUUCCAGGCGUCUUCUAUCUUAAAAUCAGCGGCCAGCCGCUCCGAUCGGCCGACUCCAUCGGGGCUAUAUUUCUAGUGGUUUUUGGGCUAAUAAUGGGUGGUACCAGUCUCUGUGUGAUCAUUCUUUCCUGGGUGUUCAGUUCCUGAAUCCGCUCCGACCAAAACCCAGUCCAAAGCAGGAAGGAAAGGGAAAUAUGGACCAAAGAAACGGAACCUUGAAAGAAAUCAGCAUCAACUCAGGGACUUUUUUUAAUGAACACUAAUGCAUUUGCAUUUUUUUUGAUUGCAACAAACUUUUACUACAUAUUGACUUUAAAAACAGACAAUUCAGUUCAGCAAAAAAAUGUUUUAUUGAUCCAAAAAAGGGAAAAUGGACACAAAAAGAUAACAGAACAAAUAGAGGUUUGUUCUGGAUUUCAAGAUGAAGAAGGGUUGAUUUUUUUAUUGUUUCAAAGCUGUGGUUUUAAUUAUGCACUUUAUAUAAAUCAAAACAACAAUCUAUUUUUAAUUCUCAAACACUCAUAAACAAUCAUUUUUUUCUGCAAAAAUCAUUUCAACCUUUAAUCAUUCUUGUCCUAGUAUGUGUCUGUUUCUGUUCACAAGCUCAGAAAAAGUUUGUCUCACUAUUUUUAUAGCAACAGGCAUUAAAGGAAAGGGAAAAUGUUUACAUGAUGAAAUGCUUGUUUACUUGUUUAACCACUGAAAUGUCUUCCUUAGAACAGACUCAUCUGUGUAAACAUGUUAUGAUGCUGAGUGCCACUCUGGCCUUAUGCUGCAGCUCAGCUUGCAGCUAACAAAAGCCACACGCUCUACACUUUUCCUACCAUGAAACUGUUGUUCCUCUUUAUGCUGCCUCUCAAACGCUCUUUGCAAUUCAGAGUUUAGGUGGAUGUUUGAGGAGGGCCGCUUCCGCUUACGGUGGAUGUGAAAAGUGUGGAAACUCGUUUUAAAAUGUCUCCAUAUGUGAACAAAACAAAACUAUGAUGAACUGCUUUUGACUCAUCCAAACAUUAAU